CGUAUAUUCGUGGUACAGGCAAGUUGCAAUUCGCAACAUGGGGUUACGGGAAGGACUCUCACCCUCUUUGACCAUACCAUGCUCAAUUUGAGGCUCUAUUGAUCACGGUCAGCACUGCAAGCCUGCUACUUGCUUGACCUGCUUAUAUCUGUCGGAAUCUGGAAUGGCGGCGCUUUCGCAGCUUGCUCGCUUUCUGCAGCCAUGACCCCCGCAGCCAGCCCAGACGAUACCGCACCGAUAUUGUUCCACGUGGAGCACCCAGCAGCCACCAUUACGCUUAAUCGACCGGCUCGCGGGAAUGCACUCACGCCAGAGCUUCAGAACGAAUUUCUUUCCUAUCUGGAUCGUGCCAGCAAGGAUAAUCUGAUCCAUUAUGUCAUCCUACAGGCAAAAGGGAAGUACUUUUGCACGGGCAUGGACCUCAGCACUACCGGAUCCAGCCUCGCAGGUGGUAACGAACAGCUCUACAUCGCCGGACGGUCUUUCUUUGAAGCCUUGGAGUCCUUUCCGAAGCCAUUGAUCGCAAUCGCACACGGCAAUGUCUAUGGCGGCGGGUGUGGUAUCUUCUUCUCCGCAGACAUCCGCCUGGCUUCUUCCGCCGCGACAUUCCAGCUUACAGAGGUGACUCGGGGCCUUGUACCAGCUCUAAUUUCCCCCACCAUCAUUCGCGAAUGGGGCCCGCAGCUAGCUCGCGACGCCAUGUUGACAGCCAGGCCAAUCUCCGCGAAAGAACUGUAUUCGCGCCACAUAGUCAGUUGCGUGUUCGACUCAGCGCAAGAUGGUGAAUCCCAGCUGGUACAAAUCACCCAGAUGCUAAAACGAGGCGGUCCUAAGGCGUUGCAACGAUCCAAAGCACUUGUUCGCACACAGGCUCAGCCGGGGCUCAGUCUCCUGUCUCCACACGAUACAGCUGCGGGGCAGGCUGAGAAAACUGUCAAAGAUGCAUUCCUGGAAAUGAUGGCGCCUAGUGAAGAGGCAAUGCAUGGAAUACUUGCCUUUAGGCAAAGUAAAGGAAACAGAUAUGUAGACUGGCUCAACUUUUACAAAUCGAAGCUAUGAGAAGCGC